AGCCCGUCCCCACACCCUAACCUCUUUAGCUUCGACCCUCGAAAUCCCACAAAAAUUAACCACUGAUCCAAGAACGCUAGCUCUUCUUAUUUGUUUUAAUAAAGGUUACCGUUGUAUGUUACUAUGUUUAAGAUGAGAUAUUCCUCUUGCUUUGUAUCCAACGGCUAUUUGUGGACCAACAAUCACACAAAAGGGGCACACUUUCCAAUCCAGCCUUCUCUCUCAUCUCCACACUUUCCUCAAAGUUGCUGGAAAAGAGCUCUGGCUCCAGAGUAGCAGCAACUUGGUUGCUAGAUUAGAGAGAAAUUAAGGAGGAGGAGAAGAAGUAAAGAGGAGGCAUUGCUCCCAUUUCACAUGGCUGAUCGCCUUCGGUAUUCGUGGGGGUUCCAACUACUAGUAGUAAUGGUGGUAUGCCAGGCCCAUGGUGGGUGCUGGUGCUACCAGUACAAGGUGGGAGAUCUCAACUCCUGGGGAGUACCCCCAGCCUCCAAUCCCCGCGUCUACGCCCUCUGGUCUCAAAAGUACCACUUCCGCCUUGGCGACUCCCUCUUGUUUCUCUACCCGCCGAGCCAGGACUCGGUGAUCCAGGUGACGGAGCGGGCGUACAACAGCUGCAGCUUGAUGGAUCCGAUAAAGAAGAUGAACGACGGCAACUCGGUGUUUAAUCUGACGGCGCCUGGCGUUUACUAUUUCACUAGUGGUGUCCCGGGGCACUGCCAGAAGCUCCAGAAGCUGGCGAUCGCCGUCCCUUCCGCCAAUGGCACCUUCUUCCCGAGGGCGGAGGACGCGCCGCCGCCGGGCACUUCUUCCGCGCUGCCGGCCGCAUCGCCGUCAUAUCCCAUUGUCUUUGGCCCCUCCCCACCGCAGGGAUCGGGCGCGGUGUCCAUCGGGGCUUCCACGGCCGUUGGAUCGGUUGUCGGUUUGGUUCUCCUGUGUCUCUUGUGAGAGAAAAACAGGGAUCUGGUUCUACUGUUAUGGAUAGCGCUGAGACAAGGGAGAUGGAUUUUUUCUUUUUUUUCCUUUUUUUUGUUGGGAGGGGUUGAUUAGUGACAUUAGAAGUUGGAUCUGGAUUUUCCUUUAGAAAACUAGAUCUCGAUUUCUUAGUAAUUAUGUUAUGUUUAAUUUGUCAGUUGAUGGGUUGAGUUCGUAUUAUUUGCUUUGUCACGGGCGGUGGGGUAACGGUAAGAGGCUUUUUUUUUUUUUUUCGGGCAGCAGUAAUAUUGUAAUAGACGUGCUGUUACAAGGUCAAAAA